AAUCAGCAGGCCGAGCGACAGGCCGCAUCCCCCUCCCCUUCGCAAGCGCGGGGACUACUGCUCCCAGCAUGCAACUGGGGCCGCGCUAGUGCGACAGCACAUGCGCCGCCCAGAGGCAGCCGAAUUUCCCUCGUAUUUCAGCUGCGAGCGAUCCCGACAUGCCCCUGGGCGACCUGCACCUCAGUUUCGUUGUUCUCCUGCCAGUGCGGAAAAGCCGGUGAGUCAUGGAGGCAAUAGCUCCCGGGGGACAUUACGCAUUUCCUUCUACGCGUCACUUCCGGCCGCCAUUUUGCGCUAGAGCGGGGAGAAGAGCAGCCGGGGGUCCGCGCUGCCCGGGGUGUCGCCUGCCGCCGCCGCCAUGACGGACCGUUACACCAUCCACAGCCAGCUGGAGCACCUGCAGUCCAAGUACAUCGGCACGGGGCACGCGGACACCACCAAGUGGGAGUGGCUGGUGAACCAGCACCGCGACUCGUACUGCUCCUACAUGGGCCACUUCGACCUGCUCAACUACUUCGCCAUCGCCGAGAACGAGAGCAAGGCGCGCGUGCGCUUCAACCUCAUGGAGAAGAUGCUGCAGCCCUGUGGCCCGCCCGCCGACAAGCCCGAGGAGUCCUAGCGCCGCCGCCUCUCUGCCCUGCCCGGGACACUCCUCGCGCCCUCCCCCUCCAGCCUAUGGACCCGGCCCGGUUUCCCCAGCACUCGCCCGCCCGCAGGGGAGCGACGCCUGAUGGACGCGGGACGGGGUGAGGACGGCUUCCAGGAGGAGCGAGAGGAAGCUGCCUCGUCGCUUCCGGGCUGAACUCUUAUUUCCUCCCCGCUCGCCCUCGCCUCCAGCAGCGGCCGUGGGCUGGGCGAGAGACUGGACUGUGCCAGCCCCGGGCCGGGGGAACCUGUCGUCGCUUCCCGAGGUGGGACCUGGAUACGAGGAAAGCCCGUUCUUUUGGACUCACUCCCAGCCUGGCCCGCUGCUCCUGUGGGGACUCGGCCUGAGCUGGAGAGACUCGCCCAUUUCUUGUGGAGCAGCUCUGUUUACGAUCCCUCUUUGUUUAGUGCUGCGGUUUUUUGAUAUGUGAAAUAAAAAUGCGUUGAGUUCUUUCAAA